AUGUCCACAGAGUUGGCAGCAGUUUACUUCACUGUCCUCCAGGAAACUCUGUUCGUUCGUGGCGAGUACGCGGUGGAGGUGGCGAUCAACGACUACCUGGACAUCUACUGUCCGCACUACGAGGCGGCGGAGUCCACCGAGCGCAUGGAGCACUACGUGUUGUACAUGGUGAACUAUGACGGGUACACCACCUGCGACCACCACAGGAAGGGCUUCAAACGCUGGGAGUGUAACCGGCCGCUGAGCCCCAACGGACCGCUCAAGUUCUCCGAGAAGUUCCAGCUGUUCACCCCGUUCAGCCUGGGCUUCGAGUUCAGGCCGGGACACGAGUACUACUACAUCUCGUCUCCUCAUCCUAACCUGGCAGGUAAAUCGUGUCUGAAGUUGAAGAUCUACGUCAAACCGUCCAAUGACUCGGUGUACGAGUCUCCGGAGCCGUUCCUGACAGACGACACCACUGGCUCCGCCUCCCUGACUCUGCCCCGCCCCUCCCUGCUGUCCACCAUGAUGCUCGCCUUCCUGCUCCUCCUGCUCCUCGCCUCCUCAUAGCACCGCCUCCUCACAGCACCGCCUCCUCGUAGCACCGCCUCCUCGUAGCACCGCCUCCUCACAGCACCGCCUCCUCGUAGCACCGCCUCCUCACAGCACCGCCUCCUCACAGCACCGCCUCCUCGUAGCACCGCCUCCUCGUAGCACCGCCUCCUCACAGCACCGCCUCCUCGUAGCACCGCCUCCUCACAGCACCGCCUCCUCACAGCACCGCCUCCUCGUAGCACCGCCUCCUCGUAGCACCGCCUCCUCCUUGUCUCCAUCCUCCCGUCACUCCGAGGAAACAAACCAAGCUCCCUCUCGUUGACC